ACGCUGGUCGUGCUUCUGCUGGUAUUUUUUUAGAAAUGAGUGGUGCGACCUUCUCCUGCGCUUUAUCGCACCUUUUUGCUGCACUUCUCUGUUUUUUUCUUUGGGUUUCUUGCGUCCAGCCCUGCUUUGAAGCAACGCGACGCCUUGGUGAAGGCGUAUACGAAGCACAUCUCCUAUUUGGAGGCUGCAUGUGGUGUGCUGCUGUGGCUGGCGGUGUUGAGUUUGUGCCUGGGCAGGUGAUCACGACGGGGACGAACCCGCUGGCGAAGGACACACAGUACGAGGCCAUCCAGCGCUUCCAGAAGGUGAUGCGGGCAUAUCUGACGCACAGUGGGCAAAAGUACUAUGCCGACAAGGACCAUUUUCUGAAGGAUGACGGCGACGGUGAGAUGAUGGUUGCUGGGUGGAUUGCUGGCGAGGUGCUCUCACAGGCGCUGGGCAGUCGUGAGUGGGUGAAGGACCGCAAGUCGUUCUUGGCGUCUCUGUACAACCAACGCCGGUAUGUGGUUGACGACAUUGUGAUUGGCGACUACGGUGGCGAGUGCGAAGCGGGUGUAUUGAGCAAUUUGUGUAUCCAUUUCUUAGGGCCUUUUUUUUUCUGUGUUUUUAUUGAUUUUUUUUGUGUUGGGUUUUAUAAAGUUUCUUUUUUUUGUAUGUGUUGCUUAGUUAUUUUGUGUAGGGAAGGUUAG